CCAACGAUAGCGCGAAGUGUAGCGGUUGAAGUUCCCAGGGUAAAAAAGCGCGGAGUGCGGGAUUGAUUUUGAAUUUCCAAAGAGCUGUUGCUGCCACCGCACAACUGGACCAAUUAAUGCCUGCUCGUCGAAAGGCUUGUGAUCCACUUCAAUCCCCGAUAAAAGGUGCCAAGAAGCCUUCCCACCCCCAAUUGACUUGAGUCCCCGCUGCUGAAGGACAUCUAAGAUAAACAUCCAGGGUUUCCUCUCGCCCUUGUUGUCCUUCCCAUUUCUAUACGGUCUUGUCCAGUGAUUUGGAGCCAUUCAGUGUUGAGGCUGAUGGGUGAGGAAUGGAGUUUCUCCCGGAUCUCUCUGUGGAAAAAACAGACUGCGAGGAUGGUCCAUUCAGGACUCACCUAUGCCAGGCUUGCAAUCUGCAGCUGAUCUCCAGGGCCCAGGCCCAGGUCCACUGCAACAGCAGGACUCACCUGAAGAGGAUCCGCCGGCUCAGAGACCCGCCCAUCCCGUCUGACGCAGGUAACGCAUGUCAAAAUGCCAUCCUGCCCACAUUGGUGCGUCCACCACUGCCCACUGUCCAGCCAUCCUUGGACAUGAAGCAGUUCCUCCCAUUUCCACUGGACACUACCACCACUGUCAACCUCUUCCCCAACUUCAGUGCUAACAUGAUUGGAAUUUCCCGAACAGAGCAGGGCUCACCCAUUGGGACCUGGAAGACUGGACUGUCUGGCAGACGGCUAUGCGUGAGUAUGGAUCCAGUUCAAAAAGCCGUUAUAAAUCACACGUUUGGAGUACCCCCACCACCUAAGCGGAAACAUGUUGUGUCCUGCAGUGUGUGCCAGCUAAGAUUUAAUUCACAGAGCCAGGCCUCAGCCCACUACAAAGGAACCAAGCAUGCCAAGAAGCUCAAAGCCCUGGAGGCCCCAAAAUGCAAGCAGAAAGCUUCUGCGGUCACCAAGGAGACCACAAACAAGGACACCCCAAAGAUCACCUACCCCCCACCAAUCCCCACCUGCACUGACAGAACAGACAACGUGGCUGGGGCAGGGAUUCUACCACCGUCUCCUCCAGUAGCCGCACUGUCCUGCCCCGGCAUGGCAACAGGGGGCGACGGCACGGACACCGCCGCAAUGGGACUGAGGGACGUGCCCUCGUGCACACCUGCCGUGAAGCCCACCGCCUCCCCCUCUCCCUCCCCCUCUCCCUCCUCCGAGACGGAGACGGAGACGGAAGAGGAGAAGGCCAAGCGUCUGCUCUACUGCUCUCUCUGCAAAGUGGCCGUCAACUCUGCCUCUCAGCUGGAGGCCCACAACAGCGGCACAAAGCACAAGACAAUGCUCGAAGCCCGGAGUGGGAGUGGAACAAUCAAGUCCUUCCCCAGACCAGGGGUCAAGGGGAAGCUGGCUCCGCCUGCAAAAUCAACCACGGGUCUGCAGAACAAAACGUUUCACUGUGAGAUCUGUGAUGUGCACGUCAACUCGGAGACGCAACUCAAACAGCACAUUAGCAGCAGGCGACACAAAGACAGAGCGGCAGGGAAACCACCCAAACCCAAAUACAGCCCUUACAACAAAACCCAAAGAGGACCGAGCGGGCAGCCGGUGAAGAUAGAGGUGAGGAAAGAUCUGGGGCCCUCCAUUACAGCCAGGAUGUUACCCAAUCACCUGCAGAUGGCAGUAGCUGCUGCUGCUGCAGCUACAGGGCCUUCGUUUCCUCUGCGUCCGGGCCACGCCACCACGCUUUUUCACACACACGCCCUCCCCACGUCGCUGCUUCGCCCCGCGCCGGGGCCCAUGCGGACCUCUCACACUCCUGUCCUGUUCUCCCCCUAUUGACCCACUUGUGGAACACUCAUGUGCCUGUGGCUCAGACUUAUUUCGGGACCAGUUUCGCCAAACCCCAACUGCAAUUCAUUUAGACUGCAAACCCAAACGGAUGGCAAUGUGUCAGCUCCUGUCGCAUCUGUGCUGUGUUUCCAUCCCUUCUUUUUCCUGCUGGGCCCAACCCAGAUAUUUUAUUCAAGUGUACUGCAAUAAUUUAAAGGCAAAACCAGGGAACUAUGCAGUGUUAUUCUGAUAGUAAGCAGUGAGACUGGGCUGUAACUGCUUUAAGGAUCUGAUUAGAUUAGGGAUAUACUGUAAUGUUUUGCCAUUCCGUCAGUAGAAUUCCUUCAGGUGAUGAUGAUAAUAGACCUAAAUUGGUUGAAGAAUCUCAUGUUACUGUGCUGCUUGCACUAUUAUUCCUCCUCUCCAUGGACAACUUAAUAACAGAGGUCAGAAAUAUGUAUUUCACCGGGCAUUAUCUUUUGUGUUUGUGUGUGUGUGUGUGUGUGUGUGUAUAUGUGAGCGCUCAUCCCUGUUCUGGUUUAGGCGUGUAUGUGUGUGUGUGUGUGUUGGUGUGUGCACAUCAUGUACAUAGCAACAUUCCUGUACAUGUAUGACAGACUGAGGGAGCAAGUGAGAAAGAAAGAUGGAGACAGGGAGAGAAAGGGAGUGGGAAUCACUGUGAUGAUGAAACCCACUGUCUUGAAGCCAUCUUAAGCAGUACCCAAUGAUCUUUUCCAUUGACCACCUCAUGCACCACAGAGACUUGAGAUCAGAGGCUUGUCUAUCAGUGUUAAAACGAACACAUUUCAAAUAAAGAGUCUUACUUUGUUAGCACUGUGGGUGCAAUAUUUCUAGGGCA